AUGACUGGGCUCUUACUAUCCAACCAGAACGCAAGCAACAACGUACCUUUUCCAACGAAGGUGCCGCCCAGUAAUGAAUCAGACAGCUUGCUGUUAUCUCAAGCUGUUUGCUUUCACACUCCGGGGAACUACAUUCAGGGCUGGAACCUCUACCUAGUCAUUCUGAUUUGGUACGGUGUAUCCAUUCUUGCAGAGUUGGGCCGAUGCUGUUAUCGAAGUAGGAAAAAACAUCGGCGUUGGGUGAAAAGGUCGCGAUGGCUUGAGCUGGACGAAGGCGGGCAGAGUGAAGAAGACGAUGCAACAUCCUUUGGGCAGCUUGUGCCUAUUAUAUUGGUGGGAUUGACGGCUUUCACGUUUCUCUCAAUACUGAGUGGUAAGUCCUUGUGCAGGCCUUCACAUUCUUAUCUAUCUGUUCGAUGGCUAACCCCUGACUAG